AUGAGCAACGCACAAGCAUAUUACGAGCUUUAUCGCGGGAGCAGCCUGGGCCUGUCCCUUACCGACACCCUCGAUGACUUGAUCAAUGAUGGCCGAAUCGAGCCCCAGCUCGCCAUGAAGAUUCUUUCCACUUUCGAUCGAGUGAUCACCGAGGUUCUCGCAGACAAAGUGCGCGCCAGGCUAACUUUUAAGGGCCACCUGGAUACAUAUCGCUUCUGCGACGAAGUAUGGACAUUCCUCAUCAAAGACGUCACCUUCAAACUGGACAACCAGACGACCGUACAAGCGGAUAAAGUGAAGAUUGUUAGCUGCAACAGCAAGCGCCCCGGCGAGGCAUAG